CCCAGCUCCUAGAUGGCUGUGCGCCUCCCUCCCUGGCCAUGGCUCGCCCACGCUCAGCUGCCUGUUGCUAAAGGUGACAGCAGCCACCGGGACUGGAUCACCGUCGCCAUCCACGGAGCAGGAGCCGGGCCCGGAGCCGUCAGUGGCAUUUUUAGCCUCUGGUCGGGGGCGGUCGGAGAAGGGCCCGGCCAUGUCCACCCAGGCGGCCGGGAACCAGACACCCUCCGGGCAGGCCGAGGAGGACGCCUAUGGCAGCUGGUACAUCGACGAGCCCCAGGGGCCUGGGGCGUCCCAGCCGGAGGGGGCAGUACCCGCCUGCCACCCCAGCGUGUCGCCCGGCCUGCUGCACGCCUGCCUGACCUCGCUGUCGCUCCUGGCGCUGCUGCUGCUGGCCCUGCUGCAGAGGCGCUCCCGGCUCUGGCCCCACUGCUGGAGAGGCAGGCCUGGACUGCCCAGCCCUGUGGAUCUGUUGGCCAAGGACGGCCCCUGGUCAGUACCCGCUGCUGUGCUCACGGUUGUCUUCAGCUCGCUGUGCCUGCUGCUCCCCGGCGAGGACCCGCUGCCCUUCCUGACCCUUGCCUCGCCUCCCAGCCCAGAUGGGGAACCUGAGACCCCAGGAGGGCCCUGGAGGAUGCUGGCCUUGCUCUACUACCCUGCCCUCUACUACCCCCUGGCUGCCUGCGCCCCGGCCGGGCACAGAGCCGCGCACCUGCUCGGCAGCGUGCUGGCCUGGACCCACCUUGGGGUCCAGGUCUGGCAGAGGGCAGAGUGUCCCCAGACACCCAAGAUCUACAAGUACUACUCCCUACUGGCCUCCCUGCCCCUCCUGCUGGGCCUUGGAUUCCUGAGCCUUUGGUACCCGGCGCAGCUGGCACGAAGCUUCAGCCGCAAGACAGGAGCAGGCUCCGAGGGGCGGCAGAGCGGCUACCACGAGGAGUAUCUGAGGAGCCUCCUGUGCCGGAAGAAGCUGAGACGCAGCACCUCCAAGCAUGGCCUGCUGUCGCGGGCUUGCCUCGGCACCAGACGCUACAUCUAUACUCCCCAGCCAGCUGCAGGAUUCCGCCUGCCUCUGACGAUCGUGCUUUCAGCCACCCUGACGGGGACGGCCAUUUACCAGGUGGCCCUGCUGCUGCUGGUGGCUGUGGUCCCCACCAUGCAGAAGGUGAGGGCGGGCGUCACCACAGACGUGGCCUACCUGCUGGCCGGCUUUGGGAUCGCGCUGUCCGGGGACAGGCAGGAGAUCGUGGAGUUGGUGAAGCACCACCUCUGGGCUGUGGAAGUUUGCUACGUCUUGGCCUUGGCCUUGUCCUGCUCGCUCACCUGCCUGGUCCUGGUCCGCUCGCUGGUGGCACACAGGGCCAACCUGCGGGCUCUGUACCGAGGGGCUGCCCCAGAGCUGGGCCCCCCGCCCCAGAGACCCCAGCCUUCCUGCCGAGCCCUACUCUGCUGGAUGAGCUUCAGCGCCCACCAGACGGCUUUCACCUGCCUCGGGCUCCUGGUGCAGCAGCUCAUCUUCUUCCUGGGGGCGGCGGCCCUGGCCUUCCUGUUGUUCAUCCCCGCGGUGCACUCCAGCAACCGGCUGCUGCUGCGGGCCCUGCAGUCCUCCUGGCACUUCUGGCUGACCCUGGCCCUGGCGCUGAUCCUGCAGAACGUGGCAGCCCGCUGGGCCUUCCUGGUCACUCGCCACGGACACCCAGAGCUGACCAACCGGCGAGCGCUGUACGCGGCCACCUUCCUCCUCCUCCCCGUCAAUGGGCUGCUGGGCGCGCUGGGGGCCGCCUGGCGCGUGCUGCUGUCCGCCCUCUACAACGCCGUCCACCUAGGCCAGAUGGACCUCAGCCUGCUGCCGCCCAGAGUGGCCACUCUCGACCCAGGCUACCACAUUUACCGGAACUUUCUGGAGCUGGAGGCCAGCCAGUCACAUCCGGCCGUGACCGCCUUCUGCAGCCUACUGCUGCGGGCACAGGGGCGCCAUCCCCGGCCGACGUGGGCUCCUGCCGCCCCCCAGGACAGCCUCAGACCCAGGGAGGAGGAGGAGGAGGAAGGGUUGCAGCUGCUACAGACGAAGGAGGCGGCGGCCAGGGGAGCAGGGCCCAGGGCCAGCCGCUGCAGGGCCCGCUGGGGCCUGGCCUACACGCUGCUGCGCAACCCCGGCCUGCAGGCCUUCCGCAAAGGGGCCCUGUCGGCCGCCUGGGCCAAUGGCACGCAGCCCUGAGGGCGGGCACGACCCACCGCUCUCCCCUCCCACACAUCCUGCUCCCCUACCCUCAGCUCAGCACAGCUCCGCCAGCAGGACCUGCCCCCCCAAAGGCUGCUUGGGUAGGGAGGGGCCGUCUGUGCUGAGAGCCUGGGGAGAGCUUGGCCUGCCCAUGGCCGUGGGGGCCAGCCAGGACUCUGACCCCUUAGGCGCUUGGUCCAGGAGCCAGCAGAGCUGGACAGCCACUCCCGGGCCUCUUCUCCACCCUGGCUCGGCUGCCAGCCUACAGGCCUCACCAAAACCUUCUCCUGACCGGCCUUUCGGUGCAGCUCUGCCUUGGCGCUCACCGGCCGUGGGCCAGCCGCGUGUUCCCCCUGCACCCAGCUGCCCUCCCCUCUGGCCCGCAGGCAGGGAGCCAGGCCAGGCCCCCUGGGCAGCAGAUAUGUUUGCAUUUUGCUGCCUUUUGGUGUCCUGGACGAGGCCACUGUGUUCCCUGCAAUAAACUCGAACCAAGGAAUAAGCCUCCUUGUGGGGAGGGCACCAGGCAGGAGCUGGGGAGUAGGAAGGGGUGUUCCCCACCCCUGGGUGCUGGGGGCUGCCCCAAAGGCAGCUUGGGGGUGCAGAUCAGGGCGUCUCUUAACCCCCACCGCUGGGUGCGUGAGUGAGGGAGCUGCUCGUGGUGUGGCCCCCCC